GAGGCAGGCAGAUCUGGGUGAGCUGGAGGCCAGCCUGGUCUACAGAACCAGUUCCAGGAUAGCCAAGGGUACACAGAGAAACCUUGUCUGGCAAAACAAACUAAGUCAAAUAAUAAAAAUUUAAAAACAAGGUACAGGAACUUUCCCCUUCCACCUUAAGCUGUUCUAUGUUCUCCUGGAUUGAACUGGGGCAUUCAUAGAGAUUAUUCCGUUUUCUUCAGCUCUGAGAGGAAAUCAAGAAUCAAAAGAAGCAAAGUCAUUUGUUUAACUGGGACAAGUAGUGUAAGAAGUCUGUAAGUGUAGGGCAAUCGUUGAACUAUUAAGGCGAACUUUAUUCUAGUAUGAUUUAUCUUCAAUCAACGUGUUCACAAAAGACUAAUUCCUUUUUCACUUAAGACAAGGUCUCAUAUAGUACAGGUUGGCCUUGCUCUUAACUGAGUAUGACUUUGAACUCCAUAUCCUCCAAAUGCCUCCUCUUCCUAAAUUGCUGGGAUUACAAGCGUGCUUGCUGUCUCAGAAAUUUAGAUCUCUAAAUUACUUCAACACUCGGUCACCAACAGAAAAUGGCAGAAACCCAGCCUACUCUACGCUAUAGCCUAUGAUCUGAAUUUGUUUAUUUAUGCCUAGGAAGGCAGCGGGACUUGCAGCAGGAGCUGAGCAAUGUUUCGGCACUCGGCUGCAGUUCCUUGAACGAUUGCUGGGGCGCUCUUCCUUUGAUGUCUGGGCGUUCGUGUGUUCGAUGAUCUUUUGCAGCGUCUUCUAGGUUGAUGUCUCCAGAGCGGCGGCGGCGGUGCCAGGUCCUGGACUGAGUUAUCCCGGAGACCCCGGGCUCUGGCCGCUUUCUUCCGCUGGUCGGUCGAGCGGACCCCUCGCUUCCUUCAGCCUCUCCCCGCCUUCCGUCCGUGGCUCCGUGCGCUCGUUGGCCUUCCGGCCGAGCUCUCACUCGCCUCGCAGCCAAGAACCUGACCUGGGCUGACUCUUAAGAUUGAAGAACAGUGAACUCAGUAUCCGUUGAGCCAAGGCUUGGACGCCUGCCUCUGAUACUGUCUGAAAGGAAAGCCUGAAUUCAAAUCUUGCUCUGGCUACUGACUUAUUUGAUUUCCAUGAGGACAGCUGACAAGGACCUGAAUGGCCUCAUUUUAGCUACUUCUGUCUGUGGAGCUAUUUCUUGCUCCUUCAGUUCUGAUCCCUGGUGCGACAGUGGCUCCUGAGCACCAUGAAAGUUGUCCCAGAGAAGAAUGCUGUACGAAUCCUCUGGGGCCGAGAGCGGGGCACUCGUGCCAUGGGUGCCCAGCGGCUUCUGCAGGAGCUGGUGGAGGAUAAGACUCGAUGGAUGAAAUGGGAGGGCAAGAGAGUAGAACUUCCUGAUAGUCCACGCUCGACCUUCUUACUGGCCUUCAGCCCAGACAGGACUCUCUUGGCGUCCACACAUGUGAACCAUAACAUCUAUAUUACAGAGGUUAAGACUGGCAAGUGUGUUCACUCUCUGAUUGGACACCGCCGUACUCCAUGGUGUGUCACUUUUCAUCCCACUAUCUCAGGCCUUAUUGCUUCUGGCUGCCUAGAUGGGGAAGUUAGGAUUUGGGACUUACAUGGUGGCAGUGAAAGCUGGUUCACAGAUAGCAACAAUGCCAUAGCUUCUUUGGCUUUCCACCCUACGGCUCAGCUCCUGCUGAUCGCCACUGCAAAUGAGAUCCAUUUCUGGGAUUGGAGUCGUCGGGAACCCUUUGCUGUGGUGAAAACAGCUAGUGAGAUGGAGCGUGUUCGUCUGGUGAGAUUUGAUCCACUUGGACACUACUUACUUACAGCUAUUGUUAACCCCUCUAAUCAGCAGGGUGAUGAUGAACCAGAAAUCCCUAUAGAUGGAACAGAAUUAUCUCAUUACCGUCAGCGUGCCCUCCUGCAAUCACAGCCAGUUCGCCGGACACCCCUCCUCCACAAUUUCCUGCAUAUGCUGUCCUCCCGCUCCUCUGGCAUCCAGGUGGGAGAGCAAAGCACAGUACAAGAUUCUGCUACCCCCUCACCCCCACCGCCUCCCCCUCAGCCCUCCACGGAGCGUCCCAGGACUUCCGCUUACAUCAGACUCCGACAGCGGGUCAGUUACCCCACCACAGUUGAGUGCUGCCAGCACCCUGGGAUCCUGUGCCUUUGCAGCCGCUGUGCUGGCACUCGAGUUCCUUCCCUCUUGCCACACCAGGACAGUGUCCCCCCUGCUUCUGCCAGAGCUACUACCCCUUCCUUUUCUUUUGUACAGACCGAGCCCUUCCAUCCCCCGGAGCAGGCUUCAUCAACGCAGCAGGACCAGGGCCUCCUGAACCGGCCGUCUGCCUUCAGUACAGUCCAGAGCAGCACUGCGGGCAACACGCUCCGCAACCUCAGUCUGGGUCCUACCCGUCGCUCUUUGGGGGGCCCACUGUCCAGCCACCCAUCUAGGUAUCACAGAGAACUAGCCCCUGGGCUGACAGGUUCUGAGUGGACCCGGACAGUACUCACUCUGAACUCACGUUCUGAGGUAGAAUCUAUGCCCCCACCGAGGACCAGUGCCUCCUCAGUGAGUUUGCUUUCUGUACUGAGACAGCAGGAAGGUGGCUCUCAGGCAUCUGUGUAUACUUCAGCCACAGAAGGGAGGGGUUUUCCAUCAUCAGGGUUGGCAACUGAGUCAGAUGGAGGGAAUGGUUCCAGCCAAAACAACUCAGGCAACAUUCGCCAUGAGCUUCAGUGUGACCUGAGACGCUUCUUUUUGGAGUAUGACAGGCUGCAGGAGCUGGAUCAGAGCCUGAGUGGGGAAACUCCCCAGACCCAACAGGCCCAGGAAAUGCUCAACAAUAAUAUUGAAUCUGAGAGACCAGGUCCUUCCCAUCAGCCUACCCCACACAGCAGUGAGAACAACUCCAACCUUUCUCGGGGCCACCUUAAUCGAUGCCGUGCUUGCCAUAAUCUUCUAACCUUCAACAAUGAUACCCUUCGUUGGGAAAGAACCACACCUAACUACUCAUCCGGUGAGGCUAGCUCUUCCUGGCAUGUCUCCACUACUUUUGAGGGCAUGCCACCGAGUGGCAACCAACUACCACCUCUUGAGCGGACUGAGGGCCAAAUGCCUAGCUCCAGCAGGCUGGAGUUGAGCAGUUCUGCUAGUUCACAAGAGGAGAGGACUGUGGGGGUGGCCUUUAACCAGGAGACCGGCCAUUGGGAACGAAUUUAUACCCAGUCCAGCAGAUCUGGAACUGUAUCACAGGAGGCCUUACAUCAAGAUAUGCCUGAGGAAAGCUCUGAGGAAGACUCCCUGAGGAGGAGGCUGCUGGAGUCUUCCCUCAUUUCAUUAUCCCGUUAUGAUGGAGCAGGAUCCAGAGAGCACCCAAUUUACCCAGACCCAGCGAGAUUAUCUCCUGCUGCAUACUACGCCCAGAGGAUGAUCCAGUAUCUCUCAAGGAGAGACAGUAUUCGCCAGCGCUCCAUGCGCUACCAACAGAAUCGGCUUCGUUCUUCCACCUCCUCUUCUUCCUCAGACAACCAGGGUCCAUCAGUAGAGGGAACCGACUUGGAAUUUGAGGACUUUGAGGACAGUGGUGACAGAUCUAGGCACCGAGCUCCCCGAAAUGCCCGAAUGUCUGCACCGUCACUUGGACGCUUUGUCCCAAGGCGUUUUUUGCUGCCUGAGUACUUGCCUUAUGCUGGGAUUUUUCAUGAGCGUGGACAGCCUGGCUUGGCUACUCAUUCUUCUGUUAACAGGGUCCUGGCAGGGGCAGUAAUUGGAGAUGGACAGUCUGCUGUGGCCAGUAACAUUGCCAAUACUACCUACAGGCUCCAGUGGUGGGACUUCACCAAGUUUGACCUUCCAGAAAUCAGUAAUGCCUCCGUGAAUGUCCUGGUACAGAACUGCAAGAUCUACAAUGAUGCCAGCUGUGACAUUUCUGCAGAUGGCCAGCUCCUGGCAGCUUUCAUCCCGAGUAGCCAGAGGGGCUUUCCUGAUGAAGGCAUCCUGGCAGUGUAUUCCCUGGCCCCCCAUAACUUGGGGGAAAUGCUCUACACCAAGCGAUUUGGUCCCAAUGCCAUUUCUGUAAGCCUGUCCCCAAUGGGCCGAUACGUUAUGGUGGGCUUGGCCUCACGAAGGAUCCUGCUGCACCCCUCUACAGAGCACAUGGUAGCCCAGGUCUUCAGGCUGCAGCAGGCCCAUGGUGGUGAGACUUCCAUGAGGAGAGUUUUCAACGUCCUUUACCCCAUGCCUGCUGACCAGCGGAGACAUGUCAGCAUCAACUCUGCCCGCUGGCUACCUGAGCCAGGGCUUGGUUUGGCCUAUGGCACCAACAAAGGAGACCUGGUGAUCUGCCGACCAGAGGCCUUAAACUCUGGCAUUGAGUACUACUGGGACCAGCUAAAUGAAACGGUCUUCACUGUCCACUCAAGUAGCAGGAGCAGCGAGCGGCCUGGAACCAGCAGAGCCACAUGGCGGACAGACAGAGACAUGGGCUUGAUGAAUGCAAUUGGGCUGCAACCUCGGAACCCUACCACCUCUGUGACAUCUCAGGGCACCCAGACUCUGGCCCUCCAGUUGCAGAAUGCUGAAACACAGACUGAGAGAGAGGAAGAGGAACCAGGGACAACAUCCUCAGGUCCUGGUGAAGGCGAGGGCUCGGAAUAUGGUGGCAGUGGGGAAGAUGCCCUCAGCCGGAUCCAGAGGCUAAUGGCCGAGGGUGGCAUGACAGCUGUGGUACAGCGAGAACAGAGUACCACCAUGGCCUCCAUGGGUGGCUUCGGCAACAACAUCAUCGUUAGCCACCGCAUUCACCGCAGCUCCCAGACAGGCACAGAGUCAGGGGCUGCUCAUACUUCCUCACCCCAGCCCUCCACCUCUCGAGGACUACUCUCAGAACCUGGGCAACUGGCAGAGCGAGGACUAAGCCCCCGGACAGCCUCCUGGGACCAGCCUAGUACCUCUGGAAGGGAACUACCCCAGCCAGCCCUGUCCUCUUCCUCCCCUGUCCCCAUUCCAGUUCCCCUUGCCAGCAAUGAGGGACCAACCAUGCACUGCAAUGUGACCAAUAACAGUCACCUUCCUGAGGGUGAUAGUAGCAAUGCGGGGGAAGCUGCAGGCCCUAGUGGGGAGCCACGGAACCGAUAGAGACAGAACCAGGUACUGGUACCUCCCUCAAGCUGCUGAGCAGGAACAGGACCUCACAGCUGGCUGGGAACUGGACACAGAAGAGCUGAUGCUUGCAUCCAGGAACAGGAGCAAUGAGAGGGUGGGGCAGUGGGUAAGGGGCAGUCCAACUGGCAAGGCUGGCCUGGGGUACUAGAGCCUUCCAUGAUCUAGAGCCCAGAAGAGCCUCACUACUGAACCUGGUGUGAAUGAAGAAGCAAGGGUAUCUCUGCUAUGAGCCCCCAUUUCUGCUAGGAUCACUGACCUAGGGGAUUCAACCCUGGGCAUGAGCCCCAGAAGAGCGAAGUCUUCCAGAGCUAGACCACAUCAUCCUGGACAGAAUGGUGGGGCAGUUCUUCUCCGCCCACUACUGGAGGGAAGAGCCACCAGGAGCAGAGGAGCAGCCCCCCCCCCCAAUUGCUUCCAUCUUUAAAACUUCCAGAGUUCCAGCCUCUCUCAUCCUCUUAGCCCACAGAGACGGAAAAGUCAGGCCCAGCUUCCAUGCCAGUGACUUGUUACACUCACGAGUGCGACACCUGUGGAGUGAAGGAGAUAGCCUACUUGACUGACACAGGAUGGAGUCGAUACACGGUGGUGGACAGGUCCUCAGGAGUGGGGGGUGUAGGCUGGCCCGCCCCCAGCAUGUCCACCAAGCUCCGCCCUUCCACAAGACCUUCCGUGCAGCACCUAUGGGUGUCAGUAUUACCUAAGCAUAGGCCAAAGCCAGCCCAAGGUUGGAGGGAGGAGAUUCCAGGUCAGAAUGUGAGGUCUUGGUCUGUGAUUUGAGGUGUUGCAUGUGGAAUCCUGAACUGUACGUGUAGUUUUUAGUGGAGAAAUCAAGGCUCUGAUCAUUUUGUUUUUAGUAUGAAAAUGUGAUUUCCUUUCUGUUUGUCACUCAUCAUAGAAACAUUGUGGUGGGAGGAGAGGGGACAGUCUACUGCUAAUGAGGGAGACACCAAAGAUCUACAUCAUUAAAAUGAUGACAUGCCCCUCA